ACAGCUGGCAGAGACCUCAUUUACAGCAGAAACGUUUUCUGCUGGUUGUGUCGCCUAUACGAGUUCCCAGAAAGGUUCACAGAUUGUUCAGAGCUGAGUGACAUAAGAGUUAAAGCCAACCGCGAGUAUGAUCCUGUCGGGUUUGGAGCAGUAAUUGAUAUGUCGCACGAAAAGGACUGGUGUAAACCACAGACAGGCACAGCACAGUGCUUUGCCUCAAAAACUAUGGAACAAGACCAGUGUUUUUCGCCUGUAGUUGGUGUCUUUAAUGGUUAUUACGACUUGAAGCUAUUGAUUGCCCCCCAAAAUGAACCGAACGUUUCAAGGGAUCAUACCGACUGGACUGACUGUACAUCAAUCGGGUACGAUAUAUUUUCGUAUCAAUUUUACUUAUCCAUACGGGAUGAAUGGGAAUUUUUGAAAGGGAAGUUAACAUGUACUGCUAUGACAGUUGAUGUGAACGACACCAGUGGCAAGACCUUCGCGAGAGCAGCAUAUGUCUACAAUAUCCCAGUGGCUUUAAAAAGAAAAAUCAACAGUUUCAUUGAUGGCAUUCCUUUCUUUGAACAUUUGCAAGGCGCGGUUGCCAAGUACCUACAAUGGAAUAGUAUUAUUAUCCAUAACGGGAUUGAUUACAAAGUAAGCCUCAUCCGGGAAGAGCCAAAACUCUGUGAAGACGUAGAACGUGAGACAAGGGUUAAUACGGUGCCGACACAUUCCCUUGGAACUGACCAGCAUGUCCCUCGUUUUGUUGUAUUACUGUGCUCCAUUGGAGCAGGUAUGUUUUCAAUACUCAACUAGUUUAGAAUCAAAUCCUUAUUCUAUAAUAAU